AUGGCGGGAGGAACAAGCAUUUGGUUUAGCAGCGAGGCGAAGACUGAUCCGAAGGAGAUUUUCAAUCUUCGCCUUCUCUAUCUGCUCGUUGCCGUUGCCUGGGGAGGAUCCUUCUAUGGAUUUGACACAGGAAACAUAGGGGGGAAUAUUGACGCUUCCGUCCUUCAGAAAUGCAUUCGGUUUGAACAACCCGUGGAAGAUGACCGCAAGGGAACAAUCGCCUCCAUGCUUGCAGCAGGUGGAUCAGCUGGUGCCCUACUUGCUGCGCCAACGUCGGACUAUUUCGGUAGAAAAUGGUCAGUCUUUGGCUGGGGCAUCGUUUUUGUGAUUGGUGCGGUAAUGCAAAUGAUUGCCGAUUAUGAAGUGCUCCUUGCUGGACGAUUCAUUGCAGGCAUGGGAGUCGGUGCAUCUUCAAUGCUCACUCCCCAAUUUCUGGCAGAGAACUCGCCCAAAUCUGUGCGAGGAUCGAUGACUGCAACAUACAAUCUGAUGAUUGUGACCUCACUCAUGUUGGCGUUCUGGGUAAACUACGGCGUUGCGAAGUGGUCUUUCCCAGGUGUUGAGUAUGACGACGCCCAAUGGAGAUCGGCGAUGGGGAUUCAGAUCAUUCCUGGUGCCUUGCUCUGCCUGAUGGUUCCGUUCGUUCCAGAGACUCCGCGAUAUUUGAUCAAUCAUGGCAAGGCCGAGCAAGGCCUGAAGAAUAUUUGUAAAUUGCGGAAACUUCCUGCCGAUCAUGAAUAUGUGCAGACUGAGUUCCGUGAGAUCGAGGCUCAGGUUCGACAUGAGCAGGAGUGCUUCGUGGGACAUAACUAUUGGGUUGUAUUCAAGGACAUCUUUACAUCGAAGAGCAACUUCCAGCGCUUCUUCUUGUCGAUUAUGUUAUUCCUCUUCCACAAAUUCACGGGUACUGACUCCUUGAACUACUACGCACCGGAGAUUUUUGCCUUGAUUGGAGUCAAGAGUGGCUCCUCCAGCUUACUUACCACCGGUGUAUAUGGAGUGGUGAAGACGGUUGUCACGAUUAUCUACGUGGGAUACCUUGUUGAUCGCAUCGGUCGUCGGAUUCCCCUUCUUAUUGGAGCAACGCUUCAAGCCACAGCCAUGCUAUAUCUUGCAUUAUACCUUCGCUUCACUGAUACCACCGCGGAUAGUGUAGGCGGGACUCCUGCCGGAGGUAUUGUUGGGAUUGUUUGGAUAUAUAUCUACGCGUUUGGAUGGUCUUUCGGCCACUCUGUCGCUUGCUACGUGGUCGCAGCUGAAGUGUUCCCAACCAGAAUUCGAUCAUUCUGCAUGGCUAUAUGUUUCUUUAUCAACUGGAUCGUCGACUACGGCAUUACGCGAGCCACACCAAACAUGAUCACUGAAAUGGGCUGGGGUGUAUUCCUAUUAUAUGCAAUGCUCACGUAUCUGGGGGUUGUAUUUGUAUUUUUUUGUCUGCCAGAGAUGAAAGGUCGGUCGAUGGAGAGUAUGGACGAUUUAUUCGAGCGCCCAUUGUGGACCAUGUGGAAGCAUGCGUACCCCACCGAGGAGGAGAAGAUGAGACGCGAUGUCCGAGAGGAGAUGAACAGCAAGAUUCAAGCUGUCAGGGACGAUGGAAAGAAUCAUCGCGCCGAGCAUGUGGAGACUGCUUAG